GCUUCGCUUUGUUACCGCAUCUCAAGGGUUGUGUCUCACUACAGCCAUGCGAUGGAUAUUUUAUGGCAAUAUCAGUUCAGAAUUAUUCUGCUAGGGGACUCAACUGUGGGGAAAUCGUCGUUGCUCAAGCGGUUCACGGACGGAAUUUACAGCGAUGUGGCGGAUCCGACGGUUGGUGUCGAUUUCUAUGCCCGGUCGCUGGAGAUUGAACCGGGGGUGAAAAUAAAAUUGCAGCUUUGGGAUACGGCUGGACAAGAGCGGUUUAGGUCAAUCACUACCUCCUACUACCGCAACUCCGUGGGUGGAUUACUGGUGUUCGACCUGACCAAUCGCAAGACCUUUGACCACGUGAAGGAGUGGCACCGAGAGGUCAGCGAGCACGUCCUGCCCCAUCACAUGGUCUACAUCCUGAUUGGCCACAAGAGCGACCUGGGCAAGGACCGCAAGGUGACCAGGGAGGAGGCGGAGGACCUGGCGGCCGUGCUGGGCGUGCGCUACGUGGAGACGUCGGCCAAGUGCAACAGCAACGUGGACCGGGCCUUUGAGCUGCUCACCCGUGACAUCUUCGAGCUGAUGAAGAUGGGCGAGAUCGACACGCGCGAGGGCUGGGACGGGGUCAAGAGCGGCCUGAGCGCCAAGGUGCUGUACCCCGCCGAGGAGGAGGCAGAGCGGGAGAAAAGCUGUAACUGCUGACUGACCUUUGACCUCUCACCUCUAACCCCGUGCCCACCAAGUCCCAUUUCUGCCGCUGUUCUCUUCAGUCCACCUCGGUGAGGUGCCAGGACUUGGCCAUUGUGACAUCAUCACCCUGGGCCCAUCUCAUGGACUAGCCAGUGCCAGUCUCAACCUUCAUUGAAGAAGCUGCGAUACUUACCCUGUAACAUCUCUCACACCUUGUUGUGAGCAAGCUUUCUGCACCUGUCUCCAUGCAAGAACACACUGCAGGUUUUAGGAAGCACCAGACUCUGCAUCUUUCCCCUUAGAGGAUCCACUCUUCUUCUUGGAACUGCACGUUCGUGGCCAUUUUGUCCCCUUGAGGCAUUGCACUUUGAAGCUGGUUGCCAUGGUCGUUGCGCUGCAGUUAUGUAUUUUGUUUCUUCCAGUUCCCUGGUGGGAUAUUCGGAACAGCAGUACCUUCUACCUGCAGAGAAAAGCAUCCUUAUAGGCAUAGAUCAGUUUCCCGCGAGGGGUGGGAAAAUUGCCAGACAGGACUGGCAGACGAGAUGUAAAAUAAACACCUCAUUUAACCCCCCUGCCCAACCACUACCAAAGUGGUGUACCAGCAACAUACGUGCCAAAAUGUUGUUUGCUUUAAAUCUCAUGCAAUCGUGGAAAAUGUAUCUUUGAGGAAUGAUUCCUAUACUGUACAGAUUUUUCUCAUGAAUUACCCAACUGUAAUGUGCUUGUCCUCUCAAAUGAUGCACUAAAAACAGCACAGUUCGUGCUGUCAUUCUCCGUAAAUCUGCAGCAGAAAUUUCCCUUAAACACCAGCCCUCCCAAAACCUUCUGAUGAAACAUUAACUAGACACAAAAAAGAUGUAAAUCACUCAAGUUGCAACAGUGUAUGCAGUGGGUAUUACAAUGAUUACUACAUACAGAAUACUGCAAUGAAAUUAUGAAUUGUGUAUAAUAUGUCAGUGCUAUUUACAAAUAUGCAGCUAUGGCAACAGGGUACAUAAAUGACUAGGAACUGAGUCGCAACUGAUUGACAAUUUGAUGUGUGAAAAAUAUCUGAUGUGAGUGCUAGGGAUAAAUAGAUGGUUAUUGAUUAUGGUUUGUGGUUUAUGUUACGAUUCUUUGUGGAACUAGGCCUUUAUUGUGCAUAGAAGCAGUGUUUCCACAAAAAAAAAGGUUUUGUGGAAUUUAUUUUUCAUCCAUUAGAUGGUUUCAAAGGUCGAGCGAGGCCACAUGGAGUAGUUUCUGGGCAGGGGAAUUGUGUGACUUAAUGAUUUAUUUUUUGUAUGGGUUAAUUUGUUUCUCAUAUUUGGAGUGGCUAAUUCCAAACACUACGUCUAUCCCAUGGCUGCAGAAUUCUCCACCCAUUUGGACGGAUGCAGACUUGUGGGUGGCUGUCCACUCUUGUGCUCUGCACUUCACUAACUAAUGGGGCGGUAGUUACUGCACUAGAGACUGGAGCAGGUGUCAUGGGCAAACUGCAGGCACCCGAUCAGCCAGAGGGGGCAGUGUUGAGCUGUCCCUCUAUUGGCUUUGCUAUGUCCUAUCACCCUUUUUUAUUUGUAUUCCACAUUGCCAGUUACUGAAAUAUAGGGCUUUUCAUAAGUGCCCACUCAGUCCCAGAGUCCUACAUUCAAAGGCCCACCCACUCUGUCAUUUCCUCUCCCAGGCUGCGAUUGGCUCUCAUGUCCCUCAGGGUGCUUUUAAGAGAGUCACUGGUGGAGAACAGAGACUAUUACUGGCACUAUUCCAGCGAACUCAAGUCCAGCCUGUUAAAGAAGAGUGUGUGAGCUACCUGUGUGUACAAGCCUGAGAAAAUUGGCUUUCAGUAUUCACAGAGGGGCUGAGCAGCAAAAUAAUGCCUCUUUCUCUGAAACUGUACAUGUACAGUGCAGUCCGUAAGUAUUUGGACAGUCGUACAAUUACUGUUCUUUUGGCUCUGUACUCCAGCACAUUGGUUUUUAAAUUAAACAAGGAAUAAUGAGACUGUCACGAUCUGUACUUCCAUUAAGAAAUGAAAUCCCUUUUCAUACAUAGUCCCUCCAUUUUAGGGGGCCAAAGUCCAUUGGCUUCUCAGCUAUUUCUUACUAGUCUCUCACUAAUUUCAAUUGCUUCCUUUGUGAUUGUAUAAGAAAACUUUCAAUAUCUAGUUUUGAUUCAAGACUUUUGAUUGAGAACAGAGGAUUUGUAGCACUGUCCAAAUACUUACUGACUGCACUGUAUGAGCAAGCCUGGCUUUUAUUGGCUUGACAGCCUGGAUCUUAGUGGCUCAAUAAAAUAUACUAUAUGACCGUGUCAGGAAGCCGCUGGUAUGACAGUGAAACUGUAUCCACUGGAACUGCAGUAUGAUGAAAGGGGGAGGCAUGUAUGUUGAAGGACAUAUUAGAAUGCUAUUUCUUCCAAGCUGUAAUCAAAACGUGGUGCAGAAUACUAAUAGGAAUAUUCCCAUGUGUGCUGUCCUAUUGGUACUAUGGGAGCUGAACUAGUAUUCAGAGCGUUGAAUGUAAAACGCUAGGUAGAGCUGUUGAGCUGUGAGCUUCACCCGGUUGUACAAUGGUUUCUGGGCAGUUGGUAUGAAACAUAUACAGACGUUCCAAGUCUUUAAGUAAUUUCAAAGAAAUCCACUAAACAGUUACCAUGGCCACUCAAUCUGUGCCCUUUCCCUGUUACCAUGGUGACCUCAGUCAUGAGCUGUACUAAUGGCAAUUUAUAUAUUUUUUCCAAAACCACAUGCACAAACACAUGCAUACACACAUGCAUAGACACACACAGUGUUUUCUGCCCUUUAGAAUAUAUGAUAUGGUGUCUCUGUGUUCUGUAUCACCUGUAUCUCUGAUUGCUGGAGCAUUAGGUACUUGAAACCUGGGUCUUGCCUGCACUAAAUUUUGUGUGACUGUGCUGUGAUUAACACAACCCCCGAUGUUAUGCUACAGUAGGGUUCUGCAAGGAACAGCAUGCUUAUAUUGUUGAAAUACUGGUACAUUAUGCAUUUAAAAAAAUGUAUAGGGCAAAGCACGCUUGAGUCUGGACAUGUUAGAUGCUUGAAAACCCCCCAAAGAAAGAGAUGGGAGUAAUGCCUUUUUACAUAUUUAAACAGUGCAAAACUAAAACCCCCGGAAAACUACAAUGAGAAAAUACCCUGGAACUGUUAAGUUUUUACAACAAAUACUUCAAACACUAUUAUUGAUAAAUUAUGAGACUGUGGAAAUGAAGAACACCACUUAUAAUAAACUUUUGAUGAAACAAUGGAUGGUUUGAGUGUCACAUCCAGUGCAACUCAAAACAGUCUCCUAACUACUAUGUCCUCAAAAUAUGUACUGUGUACUAAACAUACUGCCAUACUGCAUAAUUAUUUUAGUAUGCGAUGUGCACCUGAAUGCAGACCGUGAGUACAUUGAAUGAGAAAGUUAAGUAGGCAAUAUUUUCUCUAAAUGUAGUGUACUUAAAAACCCUGGAUUAUAUACACAUUUCUGGGAUUUUGCUGAAUGUAUACAGGAGCACACUUUUCAGGAAGGAAAUCAAUACAUUUAGGAGGUCCCACUGAAAGGAAGAGGCGGAGCCAUCUUUUGGUGCAAUCACAGUCCAAUAAAUGAGACAGGACGAGCCGGAGCUUUAAUUAGAAGGGCAGACGUCUUUCCACACUUCUGCCGCAGUAUUUCAAAAUAGUAAUGGAGGAUAUGUCAGACAGUCAGCAGUAUGUUUAGUAGACGGGACAUAUUUUGUGGAGUAGUUAUGAGGCCAUUUUGGGCGUGGCCACUCUCGGCAAAACCCUAGAAAUGUAUAUCAUCUGGGGAUUUUAUGUACAACACAUUUAGAGAAAAUGUGGCCUACUUAUCUAUCUCAUCCAAUGUACUCAAUUUAUAUACUCAAUAGCCUUUUUGGACACAGCUGUAGAUUUGCGUACUGAUAGAACUCCAAAAAUAGAUUUCAUGUGACAGCUGUUUUAUUUUUAAUUUCAGUGAACGUGUGCCUCAACAGUGCACUUCUACAAUGGCAGUAGGGCAGGGGUGUCCAAUCUUAUCCAGAAAGGGCCGGUGUGUGUUCAGGUUGUUGUUUUAGCACAGGACUGACAGCUGAUUCUACUCAUCAAGGUCUUGAUUAAAGACCACGAUUAGUUCAUUAAUAUAGGUGUGUUACUGCUGGGUUAAAACAAAAACCUGCACCCACGCCGGCCCUUUUAGGAUAAGAUUGGACACCUCUGCAGUAGGGUCUAUUGAGCUUUUACUGUUGCUUGCUGUGGCUACUGGUUUUGUCUGCCUCUAGUGGUAGAAUAGCAGUACUACUGCCGCUGCUGAUCUAGGCUUGAUCACUUUACCAUGCAAACAAUAAUGUCUUUGAGAUUGUGUAUAUUUAAUCUUCUUGUCUUCAUAUUCCCUGCUAAACUAAUGAGCUCUUUGUUACAAUUGAAUCACUGAACCAAACACUAGCAAUACAAGUUGAACCACUCACUUAAAAUAACCACUGAUCCACCCCGCCAGUGAUUUUGGCUCCUGGACGAAAAACAGCUAAUCUGAUGGAGUAAUGGUCACAUUCUGUGCUAAAAGUAGGGAGUGAAGUUACUGAAGUCACUUUGUACGCGGCCGCAUUUCAACAGUGUAUUAAUAUGUUGGACUUUGUAAGAAAAUGUCUAGAUAUUUGCGUUGUGGUUUGAUUUGUGGUGUAAAUUAAAAAUAAAAAUGAUUUCCACAAA